CAGAUUUUUUCCGUCACUGCUUAAAAACAUUCCAUCAAUGACGGAAAAUUUUCGGUUAACGCGACCUUUGAGAUUAUAUAUUAUAUACACGCCACACUACGACCGGUGACACUCCACGACCGCGGUGGCGCGGUUGUCAUGCCGACCGUCACAGCCCUAUGUGAGGCAUACAGUUUAUUAGGUAAUUUAGCACUUUUCUUAUUACUUGAAGAUCGGAUCGGAUCGGAUCGGUAUCGGCCGAUACUGAAUCCCAGGUAUCGGAAUCGGUAUCGGAAGCGAAAAAGGCGGAUCGGUGCAUCCCUAGUUAUAUACACAUAUAUAUCUCCAACCUGGUCUCAUACGAAAGACGUAGCCUACCUGUGGGAACGUUUUCGCGAGUCGCCAAAAUACGUACCAAUGCGUAGGCUAUAUAUCACUGCAGUUUCCAACAGAAAUGAACACUAGAGGCUGUAAAACAUUAAGCGUUUUUAAUCGUUUUCAUACACAGUUACGAUUAAGGGGUUAGAUUAUGGAUUAAUAAAGACUUGUUUUCAUGUCUCCUUGCACAAUAUUAUGUUAUGACUUCAAACCGCUUUUUUACCAAAGUGCACGAUUUGUAAACAAAUAUAUUUUGGACUUUGCAUCGCUAAACCAGCUCCAUAGCCUAUGUUUCGCUUUUCUGACAUAACAAACUUGAUUGGUAGCUCAGCUGAUACGAGGAAGCCUUCGGUACGAAUCCCUUGAAAGAUAAAAAGAGCUCAAAGAGAGAUCUAAAGAAGCUAAAACGGCAUGAUUAUGGAUGCUUUUUUGUGUCACAUUUGCUUUUGUUAACACUAUCUGGUAGGUUAAAGUGUAAGUGUGUUAUUUUAAAACGCAAUGGAGUGCAAAUUUCAAAUCAGAAAUUUCAGCAAUUCAACCACCUGUUUCCCUGUUUCACUGUUUCAAGUUCACCAAUCCCAUUGCAGACUUUUGUGACAUUUGUGUUAACUUCCUACAUGUUGCAGGUUCCUUUUUGCAUAAACACAUGAACUAUUAUCAAACACACACAGACAGACAUCAGGAGUACAACAAAUCCUCCUCAGAAAGAUAUUAGUUAGGUAGGAUAAACUUAUAGCUUUGUUCAAUCUUUCACAUUUACAGUUAAUAGGUGUAAAGUUGCAGUCAUCCAAAAGGAAAUGUCUGGGCUUGUGAAUGAUGGUAUGGAUAAAGUUUCGAUGAUGGAAUCAGAAGACAGAAUAGAGAAGACGGUUGAUAUCUACGUCAGUGCUGAGGCUGUAAGAGACAUGAAAUAUAAGAAAGACACGGAGGACUUUAACACAUCGAAAACACAAACCCCUCAACACACAGGAAGUGAUUGUGUGAGGAUCAGAAGCUCCAGAGCAGCUCUAGUGUGUUUGGUUCUGCUGUGUGUUCUUCUGCUGACUGCAGUCAUAGUGCUGUGUGUCCACAUCCAUACAAAGAGCACAAACUACACAGAAGAGAGAGAUCAGCUACUAAACAAGAUUUCCAACAUCACAGAAGAGAGAGAUCAGCUAACAUCCAAGAAUGAAAACCUGACCAAUGAGAGAGUCCAGCUAAUAUUCAAGAACAAAAACCUGACCAAUGAGAGAGACCAGAUAAUAUUCAAGAAUGAAAACCUGACCAAUGAGAGAGACCAGCUCAUAUUCAAGAACAAAAACCUGACCAAUGAGAGAGACCAGAUAAUAUUCAAGAAUGAAAACCUGACCAAUGAGAGAGACCAGCUCAUAUUCAAGAACAAAAACCUGACCAAUGAGAGAGACCAGCUAAUAUUCAAGAACAAAAACCUGACCAAUGAGAGAGACCAGCUAAUAUUCAAGAACGAAAACCUGACCAUUGAGAGAGACCAGCUAAUAAUGAAGAACAAAAACCUGACCAAUGAGAGAGACCAGCUAAUAUUCAAGAAUGAAAACCUUACCAAUGAGAGAGACCUAAGAAAUGAACUUCAGAUUUGUGCUGGAUGGACUUUCUAUCAAUCCAGUCUUUACUACAUAUCCAAUGAGACGAAGAACUGGACUGAGAGCAGAAGAUAUUGUACAGAGAGAGGAGCAGAUCUGAUCAUCAUAAACAACAGAGAGGAACAUGAUUUUGUUAAGAACAUAUCUGGUGCUGCUGUAGUCUGGAUUGGUCUGACUGACAUUGAUGUGGAGAAAACAUGGAAAUGGGUUGAUGGCAGCAACAUGACCUCUGGGUUCUGGGCGUAUAAAGAGCCUGGUGGAGGUAGAGAAGAGAACUGUGUUGUGACUGUUGCUGUGCCCAUAUCCAAAGACUGGCAAAAUUUAGUAGGAUGGCAUGAUGCUGCAUGUAAUAAAGCUUAUCAAUGGAUCUGUGAGAAGAGAAUUGUACAACUCUUACUGCCAUAAGAGCAUCAUCAACAUUAUCUUUUUGACAUAAAUUUAACAGUACAAAACUUCUGUAAUAACUGAUUAUCAUCUAAAGCAGUGUUUUUCAGUCUUGUUAUGGAGGACACUCACAACUGCACAUUUUGAAUGUCUCCUUUGUCAGACACCAUUUCAUGUCCUGGAGUUUUUUUUUUUUUUUUUUUUUUUUUUUAAUGAGCUGAUGAGUUGAGUCAGGGUGUGUUUAAUUAUGGAAACAUACAAAAUGUGUAAAAUUGUACUCCAGAAGUGUGUUCCAUUUGAUCUGAAAUGACUUGCGACUGACUUCUGAUUGACUGAUCAUCUAAUCUUUCCUGCCAGUUGUCUUGUAUUUUGAUUUUUCUAAUUUUUAUUAGUCCAGUUUUUUUUAAACUCUA